GGAGGAAGGACAGCAGAGCUGAAGGCCGUGCUCAGAAAGUUUCUGGAUCCCAGGCUCAUCUCCCCAGAGGAGAACACGCAGGCAGCACAGGCCAUGGGGCACCUCUCAGUGUCUCCCUGCACACUGCACAUCACCUGGAACGAGCUCCUACUCACAGCAUCACUUUUCAUCUUCUGGAACCUGCCUACCAUGGCCCAAGUCAUGAUUGAAGAUCAGCCAACCGAAGUUUCUGAGGGGAAGGAUGUUCUUCUACUUGUCCACAAUUUGCCCCAGAAUCCUACUGGCUACAUCUGGUACAAAGGGCAAAUAACGGAUAUCCACAAUUACAUUACAUCAUAUGUAAUAGACGCUGAAAUGAUUAUAUUUGGGCCUGCAUACAGUGGACGAGAAACAGUAUAUUCCAAUGCAUCCCUGCUGAUCCAGAAUGUCACCCAGAAGGACACAGGAUCCUACAACAUACAAAUCACAAAGCGAGGUGAUAGCACUAAAGGAGUAACUGAAUGUUUCACCUUAUACCUGGAGACUCCCAAGCCCUCCAUCUCCAGCAGCAACUUAAACCCCAGGGAGGCCACGGAGACUGUGAUCUUAUCCUGUGAUCCUGACACUCAGAACGCAAGCUACCUGUGGUGGAUAAAUGGUCAGAGCCUCCCUAUCAGUCCCUCAUUGCAGCUGUCCGAAAACAACAGGACCCUCAUUCUAUUUGGUGUCACAAAGUAUACUGCAGGACCCUAUGAAUGUGAAGUGAAGAGCCCAGUGAGUUCCAGCCGCAGUGACCCAGUCACCCUGAAUCUCAUCUAUGGUUUGGAUACCCCCACCAUGUCUUCUUCAUACACCUAUUACCAUACAGGGGAAGACCCCAAACUAUCCUGCCUCACAGAUUCUCACCCACUGGCACAGCUUUCUUGCCUGAUUGAUGGGAAGUUCCAGCAAUCAGCACAAGUGUUCUUUAUGCCCCAAAUCACUAAAACAUAUAGAGGGGUCUAUGUCUGUUUCAUGCAUAACUCAGCCACUAGUGGAAUGAAUGUCAUACUCAAGAGGAUCAUAGUCCCUGAGACACUGAGGAAAAGAUGCAACCAUGAAAAGGUGGAAAAUUUUGAUGACAUUGAAAAUAUCAAUCAUUAUUUCUCACAUCCCAAAGCCUUCAAAAAUAUACAAGUGCAGCAUGGCCAGUAUGCAACUGACCAAAAACUAAUCACCAAGCUAGAAAUAUG